UCCCAAUCUCUCAGCAGCAGCAACAAGGGAACAAGGACAGAAUGGUGCGAUUCAUCUCCUACCGCUCCGAAGCGCACCCGACCCCAACGAUCGGCAUAAUGUCCGGCUUCGAGGCACAGGCCCCUCCCCCGGCAUCUCCAUUCAGCACCGGGCACCUGUCCGACCCAGACGCGUCCAACGAGACCGUCACCGCGGCGACCUUUCCCGAUGGCAGCGUGAUCACGAGCCUGCACCUCCUCGUCGCGGCGUGGGGCGAUAUCAACGGCCAGGUCGGCACCACUGGGCCCGCUGAGCGCCUCGCGGACGUGGAGAUCCUCGCGCCGCUGCGGGGGCGGGACGUGCUCUGCGUCGGCAAGAACUACAAGGCGCACGCUGCCGAGUUUCAUAACUCGGGAUUCGAUAGUAGUGAUACCAAGGCGCAGCCUGACUUUCCAGUCAUCUUCACGAAGCGCGCGUCGUCCAUUGUGCCGACCAAAACGGACAUCUACCCCCACCCAGGGGUGACCGACACGCUGGACUACGAGGGCGAGCUGGCAGUGAUUAUUGGCGUAGGCGGCGCGAGCAUUAAGAAGGAGGACGCGUGGAGGCAUGUGUGGGGCGCGACGAUUGUCAAUGAUGUGACCGCCCGCGAGCGCCAGCGCGACCACAAGCAGUUCUAUAUCGGCAAGUCGCUCGACACGUUCUGCCCCAUGGGGCCGUACGCUGUCCCCGCGACCGACCUCGACUGGGACAACAUGACGCUCGAGACGCGCGUCAACGGUGAGGUGCGGCAGGAGCAGGCGACCAACGAGCUCAUCUUUGACAUUCCGACGCUCAUCGAGACGCUCAGUCUCGGCAUCACGCUCCAGCCCGGCGACGUGAUCGCGACGGGCACCCCGCUGGGCGUGUGCCUCUCCACUGGGGUGUUCCUCAAGCCUGGCGACCGGGUGGACGUCAGCAUCACGGGCCUGGGCACGCUGAGCAACGUCGUUGGCAAGCCUGACGUGCCGCCGACCAUUGCGCCGGUGGUGGAGGAGCCUGCGCCUGCCCUGCCUCCCGCUCCAGCGCCAGUCAAAGACGCCGGACUUGUCAACCUCCCUUCUGGCGCGGUCCACGUCUACCAACCGGCGCCGUUCAACCCGAACAUUCCGACAGUGGUGCUUCUGCACGGCCUAGGCGGCUGGCAUAUCAACUUCCUCCCCCUGAUUUCGUGGUCGCAUCUUGACCGGCGCCAUAAUGUUGUCGCGUUCGACCUGCCGGGUCUCGGACUCAGCCCGAAGGGCAAGCAGCCACCAUCAAUCGAGUACUAUGUGCAGAUUCUGGAGGAGCUGGUCGACCACUUGAGCCCCAAGAUGCUCAAUUUGAUCGGACAUGACCUCGGUGGUCUCGUGGCCACCACAUUCGCUGCAAAGUACCCGGAAGUAGUCUCGUCCGCAGUCCUCAUUUCACCACUCAGCGCGUCAGCGAGCCAGGCAGGGAUGCUGCAAGACUUGGCCAACACCGUGCGACAGGGCGGCAUGGGCCCCGUAGCCUCGGACCUGACACGGAGUAGUGUCACGCCUGGGAAGAACGACAGCUGGGGCCAAGAGUCCUCGCUGGCCUUGAACAACAUCACGGCGUCAAUCUUAUCUCAGAACCCCGAGAGCUUUGCUGGGGCCGCCGAGGCGGUCAUCCGCGCCACGAACCCGGACUACAGCCAGAUCAAGAGCCGAACGUUGAUCGUCGCGGGGGCGGGGGACGAGCUCACGCCCGAGUGGCACACCGAGGAGGUUGCCAAGGCGAUCACCGGCGCGCGGGUCGCGACGGUCAAGGACGCCGGGCACUGGGCGCUGCUGGAGGACGUGUUCAACACGGCGGACGUGCUCAUGGACUUCAUGUAGCUUUUUGUCCGAGUGGAGGGUCGGCGCCGGACAUUGGGAAUACGGCGCCGAAACCCCGCCAAGCGCUCAAAACCCGCAGCGAAAAGUGCACACGGGUC